GCGACUGAUAGACUUGUGACUUUUCAAACAAACAUUGAUUUGUUUAAAAAUUAACCGUAGAUGUAAGCCGUAUUCCAUUUACAUCAGUCACAAUGAUUGCACUCUAAAGAACGUUACGCGUACUCUGAUAGAAGAAUAUUUGUAAACCGUGUUAUUAACAAAAUCAUAACCUACAAGUCAAAUAUGGAUAAAGAUAGAGAUAAGGUGAAGGAUAAGAUUGACUACAAACCUAUUAAAUAUACCUCUGUCAAAAAUAUGGGAUUAAGUGCUCCAGAGGACCGCCUUAAAACACUGGCAGAUUAUGGGACUGCUGUUGAUAUAGACCCUAAUAUUCCACCGCGAAGAUAUUACCGUUCUGGAAUUGAAAUGAUCAGAAUGGCUAACGUAUACAUGGAAGAGGGCAGUCUGGAAAAUGCUUAUAUUUUAUUCAUGAAAUUUAUGACAAUUUUUUUGGAAAAAAUAAGAAAACAUCCACAAUAUAACACAGUGCCUGUAAAAGAUCGUGCGACAAAUCAACAAAAGUUGCGUGAAAUUCUCCCAAAAGCUGAGGCGCUGAAAAACCAAUUACUUGCUCAGUAUAAAAUUGAGCAGAUUAAAUACCUGGAGGAUGCAAAAAAACGGGAGAAAAUUGAAAUGGAACGACUGAAAAGAGAAGAGGAGCAGCGGUUGAAGGACGAAGAGGAUAGAAAAAGUAAAUUAGCCGCUCGGACAGCUGCAAAUGCUGCUAAAGCAAUGCUUGGCACAACUUCAUCUGUUACUGAUCAAGACAUUGUUGCAAAACAACCGAUUGUAACCAGACCCCAAUCUCCAAUUAAGGAUACAAAGCCUCAUCAAUCUGAAGAAAGAGCAAUACCAGAAGUCGAUCGAUCUACCAAACCUCGGCUACUGGAUAAACAUGAUUUGAGAGAUGUUAUAUUACCCAACAAAGCAAUGACUGAAUUCUUGUUACUGGCUUCUCGCAACACGAUGCAAAAUAAAGAAACUUGCGGGAUAUUGGCUGGCAGAUUAGAACGUAACAAGUUACUUGUCACCCACGUGUUAAUCCCCCAACAAACGGGCUCACCAGAUUCCUGUACAACAUAUAAGGAAGAAGAUAUCUUUGACUACCAAGACCAGCAUAAUCUUAUCACUCUUGGAUGGAUUCAUACUCAUCCUACACAGACAGCAUUUUUAUCUAGUGUAGAUCUUCACACUCAUUGUGCCUAUCAACUAAUGAUGCCUGAGGCAAUAGCUGUUGUGUGCGCACCAAAGUAUCAAGAUACUGGAUUUUAUACUUUAACACCAGACUAUGGACUCGACUUUAUAGCUAAUUGUCGAACAUCUGGAUUUCAUCCGCAUCCAACACAACCAGCCCUUUACACAGUAGCUGAACAUUGUAAAUUGGAUUCAACGGCGGUUAUAAAUAUGGUAGAUUUGAGGAAAUGAAAAGUGCACCUUAUACAUUUCGCCUUACCUGCUGGCUUGAGCUGAUCUACUGUCAAUCGUUUUUCUAAUAUCAAACAUUAUUAUUAUGGAACAAUACCUUUGAAAGUAUAAAUGAAAUUUGGGCAGUUUGAUAUGUGUCAGCGACUCUGAUUGUUGAUAGUAUUUCAAAUGUAUAGCACCAAAUUCGUUACUACACCUCGUAACUCUUAUCUGUUGUUCUUAAAUAACUACGAAUACAGUUCUAACACAUUUAUAUGCAUAGGUGAGUAAUUAACUUAAAUAAUUUUUUUUACAUGCAUUCGAAUACAGUUGAUACAACGAAAUAUUUAGAUACAAACCGUUAUAGCUUAUACCAUUGCAAAGCCUGAAUGCCACGUAGAUUAUAAGUAAAAUUUAUGAUAAUAUAUGGGGCAUUCCAACUUAAGUUUUUUGACCUUGUGUAGUGUCGAUUUGAUUAUCAUUUUUACCCGCGCGUUUUAGUAUUACAGAUCUUAGGAUAAACAGACUUCACUCAUUCAGCUAAUGAUGUAAAUGAGUAAAAAUAUAAAAAAGAGUACCAGAAGUCAGUGUAUCUAUUAAAAUGACAUUCAGGCGCUGGUUUGCAUAACGCAUCCCAUAUAUGAGUGCACCACUACACUACAAGAGUACUGGUGUUCUAUGCCCAUAGAAUUUUUGUCACUAGUCACUAUUAAAGUAGAGCAUCACUGGAGGCCAUCGGUGCCUACUUCUGCUCUACUGUACUUUGGUACUUUAUAUUACUGGGCACAAGUGAUUAUUUUUGGGUAAGAGAUGAGGGAUAUACUAGGACGAAAAGAUCGAUAGAAGAACAGAGAAAAAAGUAGGUUCGAUUUGAUAUGGAAUACCCCAUAUAGAGUGAAGAGUGUUAGAGCUUUUAAAUUUUAAUUGCAGUACAUUGACAGUUAAUGUACUGCAUAAUACUUUUGCAAAGUUAUAUUUCAUGUUAACUAUUUAUUACAUUUUUAUAACAAUUUUCACACUAUGUAUAUAUUAUAACACAUACCUGAUAUGUAACCACCAAACGGUAAUCGCGCAAUGUAUUACUAACUUUAUGAAUGGGAUUGUGAUAUUUAUGCUUAAUGUUAAGGAAUACACGAAAUAGUUUGCUAGUAUAUUAAUAAUAAUAGUUUGCACUAAUGCAAUUCACAUGUUAGUCAUUUAUACUAUGAUCAACAACAAGUUUGUUAUAUUUUAUUCAUUAAAGCUAGAUGUGGCUUAAAUAAUUCAAUAUAAUUCAACUU